AUGGUGGCAGCUGCGAUGGUGGCAGCUGCGGCGGUGGCAGCAGCGGCGGUGGCAGCUGCGAUGGUGGCAGCUGCGAUGGUGGCAGCUGCCACCACAGCGGCGGCGGUGGCAGCAGCGGCGGUGGCAGCUGCGAUGGUGGCAGCUGCGAUGGUGGCAGCUGCGGCGGUGGCAGCUGCGGCGGUGGCAGCUGCGAUGGUGGCAGCUGCGGCGGUGGCAGCAGCGGCGGUGGCAGCUGCGAUGGUGGCAGCUGCGAUGGUGGCAGCUGCGGCGGUGGCAGCUGCGAUGGUGGCAGCUGCGAUGGUGGCAGCUGCCACCACAGCGGCGGCGGUGGCAGCAGCGGCGGUGGCAGCUGCGAUGGUGGCAGCUGCCACCACAGCAGCGGCGGUGGCAGCAGCGGCGGUGGCAGCGGUACUGGAGGUGGUAACAGCGAUUCCAGAAACGCUGUUGCCGGUGAUACCGCUGGCGGAGGCGGACUCGGAGAUCGCGGUGUCGAAAUUGGUGGUGAAGGUACUACCAGCGAUUCCAGAAAUGCUGUUACAGGUGAUACCGCUGGCGGAGGCGGAGAGGGAGGCGGACUCCGACGUCGGCGGCGGCGGCGAGGGGCGGCGGGAGGCGGAAACCACAGCCAGCGGCGGUACCGCCACCGCCACCAGUGAGUCACCUUUCUGUCCCUGCAGCAGAAAUAUCUGCCGUGUUCUCCGCAGCGCAGUGAGCUCACACGCCUGA